AUCCCAUACUGCGUGAUGCUGCUAUUCGGAGGCUUGCCGCUGUUCUUCAUGGAACUGGCUCUGGGGCAAUACCACCGCUGCGGGUGCCUCACGCUCUGGAAGAGGAUCUGCCCGGCUUUGAAAGGUGUGGGAUACGCGAUAUGCAUGAUAGACAUCUACAUGGGUAUGUACUACAACACCAUCAUCGGCUGGGCGGUGUACUACCUCAUCGCGUCGCUCGCCUCCAUCAACUCCGUGCUGCCGUGGACCAGCUGCGACAACGAGUGGAACACGCCGCUGUGCAUGCCAGUCACGUCUCCGCAGAUCAAUGCCAAUGCCACUACUCCCGCGAAAGAGUUUUUCGAGCGAAAUGUACUAGAGCAGCAGAAGUCAAACGGCUUGGAUUCUAUGGGGCCCAUCAAACCGUCUCUAGCCCUUUGUGUCUUCGGUGUAUUCGUGCUGGUUUAUUUUUCGCUGUGGAAGGGUGUCCGGAGUGCUGGUAAGGUGGUAUGGGUGACGGCGUUAGCACCUUACGUGGUUCUACUGAUCCUGCUGGCAAGAGGAGUGACUCUACCUGGCGCUACUGAAGGCAUCCGAUACUAUCUCACACCAGAAUGGCAUAAGUUAAAGAAUUCUAAGGUUUGGAUCGACGCAGCUUCCCAGAUCUUCUUCUCUCUCGGCCCCGGCUUUGGCACGCUGCUGGCUCUGUCCAGCUACAACAAGUUCAAUAACAACUGUUACAGGGACGCUCUUAUCACAUCUUCUAUCAACUGUCUUACAAGUUUCCUUGCGGGCUUCGUCAUUUUUUCAGUUUUAGGAUACAUGGCACAUGUUCAGAACAAGAGUAUCGAGGAAGUGGGGCUGGAAGGACCUGGGCUGGUGUUCAUUGUAUACCCGGAAGCCAUUGCUACCAUGACUGGCUCUGUCUUCUGGGCCAUCAUCUUUUUUCUCAUGUUAAUCACCCUUGGACUGGACAGCACUUUUGGAGGCCUCGAAGCGGUGACAACGGCCCUGUGUGACGAGUACCCUCGCGCAUUAGGGCGACAUCGAGAAAUAUUCGUCGGAUUCCUCUUGCUCUUCAUCUACAUCUGCGCUCUCCCAACUACUACAUAUGGCGGUGUAUACUUAGUAGACCUGCUCAACGUGUACGGACCUGGCCUGGCAAUAUUGUUCGUGGUGUUCGCUGAAGCAGCUGGAGUAUGCUGGGUGUACGGAGUGAAUCGGUUCUCGGAGGACGUCCGUACCAUGCUUGGACACACGCCAGGAUGGUUUUGGAGGGCUUGCUGGUCUUAUAUUAGCCCAGUGUUUCUUCUGGUGCUGUUCGUGUUCUCGGUCCUGGCCCACGAAGAGAUGCUUGGUGCGAACGACUACGUGUAUCCGCGCUGGUCCAUCCACGUGGGCUGGCUGAUGACAGGGACGACGGUAUCCUGCAUCCCGCUCUACAUACUCUACAAGUUCGCCAUCACACCAGGCAGUUUUGUCAACCGAGUCAAGACGAUGAUUAGGCCGGUGGAGGUCUCGAUACCGCCAACCGACCACGCGCUCUGCAGCCUGUGA